CAAAAAUCUUCCAAAUCUCCUUCAUCCAUUCAAGACACGAUCUGUUGUUGCCCAUCUCAUACAUAUCUCUGACUUUGCUUGCUUGCCAUUGUCUCCGAAUCCAAUCACAUUCCUUGAGGGCGUGCAUUUGGGUCUCCCUAAGGUUACAGAACGGGCACUCAACGCCGGCUUCUUCAAACCAUUCUUCCACAUUCACCCCAACUGGUAAGAUGUUCUUACACACUUUCCAUAGAAACAUCCUCACCUUAGGUUGCCUAUUGAGGUUCCAAAGGUUCUUCCAGAAUUCAGAACUAUCAUCAUCCUUACUGUGGCGUUUGACGCCCGUGUGUUGUUGUUUGUCUGGAAUGCGAAAAUAGGCUGACUUAACAGUGUAGAUCCCCGUCUCCGAAUCCUUCCAUACCCGAGAGUCCUCUUUGAGAGGAAAACUGAGGGGAAUGUUUUUUAUCAGACCCAGAUCCUGAACAGAGAAAAGAUCAUUGAUUUUGGUAUGAUUCCAUCCCCCACUUCCUGAUCGAUGAGAGUACAAACCUGAUCAUUAGGAAAGACAGUUGAAGGGGCAGGGUCAGGAUAAUAGAAAGACUUGCCAGGAAUCCACUCAUCCUCCCAGAUCCAAAUCGACUUGCAUCACCCACCUUCCAUCGAAAGCCAUCAGCAAUCAUCUCCUUAGCCUCCAUUAAACUUUUCCAAAUAUAGCUAGGGCGAUAACCCACCUUUGCAGCCAUGAUAUCUGACUUAGGAUAGUAACGGGCUUUGAGAAUCUUAGCCAUGAGGGAGUUUAGUAUCGAUAGUAAGCUCCAGAUCUGUUUCCCCAACAUGGCCAAAUUAAAAGCCUUAAGAUCACGGAAACCCAAUCCCCCUUAUUCCUUUUCAUCACAUAAUUCAUCCCACUCAAUCCACUUAAUCUUCGACUCUUUUCCCUUCUGCCCCCACCAGAAGUUUGUAAUCAGCCUUUGAAUCUCUUUUAAAGUGCCUUCUGGUAAGAGGAAAACUGACAUCGGGUAAAGGAAUUGAGCUUGUGCAACAGCUUUAAUCAAGAUUUCUUUCCUCGCUUGUGACAUAGUUCGGUUCUUCCAAUCUUUGAGUUUUUUCCUCACUCUUUCCUUAAUGUCUUCGAAAAUAGCUUUCUUCGACCUGCUGAUCACCGUAGGAAGUCCCAAGUAUUUCGGAUGCUUAGCCACUUCUUUUAUAUCAAGAGUUCCACAUAUUUCCAGUCUCCUGCUGCAUCUGACGUUCUUGCUAAAGUGCAUGGUCAAUCGUCGAGACAACAGACCUGGAACCCUCCUCCUUGUGGGGUUUACAAGCUUAACACGGAUGCUGCUUUGCUCCCGCAGGGUGGUAUUGGUCUGGGUUGUGUGAUGAGAGAUCAUAGAGGUGCUUUUGUUGGGGCUUCAAUGAAGAAAGAAAGGGGAGUGUGUCGGGCAAUUGAGGAAGAGGCUAGAGCGAUGGUUUUGGGAUUGGCUGAAGCAAAUCGGCGAAUUUUGAGUCCCCUCAUUGUGGAAUUCGAUUGCCAAUCUCUCAUUAACAAGAUUCAAAGAAGGGAGGCUGAUGCUACAGAGCUGGGCGAAUGGUGUGAGGCGAUUUGGAGGCUAGCGAAGGUGAAUGAAUCCUUCUCUGGAAAACAGGUCACCUGGGUUUUUGCAGGAAGGAAGAUGAAUAAAGUGGCACAUUGGUUAGCUCACUCUGGCUCUCGUUGGGACGAACAGGUGGUGUGGGUGGAUAACCCACCUCUAAUUCUGUUGUCGUUACUUGAGGAUGAUAUGGGCCGAAGCCCAUGUACUUUUUCCAAUUGAUCCAUAUGAAUAAAGUUUCCACAGGUUCCUAUAAAAAAAAACUCUGAUUCGGGGUCCACCGCCUUUAUAAUCACUAAUUGGAUGGAUUUGGCUACACGCUUGGGCCUUGUUUAUCAGACUCAUUAAUCCAUCCAAUUCUAACUUGUUUUGGACUUUGGUGGACCUUAAUGGACAUCUUAUUUUAGUGUUCUGUAUGGUUAGAGAAAGUAGGAGUUAGCAAUUAAAUCUUGUUUACAUGUUGUGUUGCUCAUGUUUGGGGGUUGAAAAACUCAUUACUAUUAAUGUGUUUGGCCCAAUACUACGGAGCCGCUCUAAAAAAUAGGCAUCAGUGUCGCUUCUUCUGAUUGGUCCAUUAAAGCCAUGACGUGGCAUUGGCUGUGUUAUUAUCAAGCCAAACCCAAAUCCAAAACCGUUGAGCAUAAGCUGGCCCAAACCCACCCAAAUUGACGGAAAAGCUGUCUUCCGUUUUCUUAUCAACGUUUUUGUCGUUGCUUUUAAGAAAAAAGUUAACAUUUAUUUCCUUUUACUUUGGAUUUAAUUAUUACUUGAUUUUUUCACCAUAAACAAGGGAAUAGAGACACGAACCUAGAAGCACUUUGUCGUCUUCCCCCUUGUAUCGGUUGAAGGUGCAAAAGGAAGAGGAACAGUAUACAGACUACAUAGUAUCUAACAGACUUACACCAUUGAUGUAGAGCAAUAAACCAAUUUUCCUAUUACAAACACUUGGAGAAGAGCACAGUUCGAAUCUAACUCCGCUACUGAAGUGAAUCACAACAUGAAUUACUAACUAAUAAGGCUACAAAUAGUAACAUAGUACCACUACUGAAGUGAAUCACAACAUGAAUUACCAAACAAGGCUUCUUUUGUUUAAGCUUGGAUUGCUGAAUGUUUUCACUAAAGUUGACCACAAAGGAUAAAUACCAUUAGCCAAAUAAUAACAUUGAUCAUAGGUAUGACCGUUUACCUCAAAUCGUACUCGUGGGGCGGAUCCUUUGAGGAUACGGUCAAACACCGGAAACAUCCCUUGAAUAUUGAUAUCGUUGUUUGACCCAGACAGGCCAAAGAAAGCAUGCCAUAUCCAGGAGUUGUAUGUAGGCACUGCCACGAGAAUGAUUGUUGGCUUACGAUUGUGCCCCAAGUACUGCCCAGUCCAAGAAGUAGGACAGUUACUCCACUCCCAGUGCAUGCAAUCAAUUGAUCCAAUCAUACCAAGAAAUCCGCGUUGUGAGGCUUUAUGAAGUAGAAUCCUUAGAUCAGCAGGAGUUGGUGCACAAAGGUAUGCGAUGAGUACAUCCCAACAAUGGACUUGCAAAAAUUCCGCAAGACUUCCAGUAUAAUGCUCUGACCCAUACACACAUAGUCAUCAAGUUGAUCAGCUAGAGAGCCAUAAGCUAGCAUGCAGUGCACUAGUAAGCUUUUGCUCCGACGAUAGGCCUAGGUGACCAACGACAUCACUCCUUCGUGCAAAAGAGGGAUCAUACCUCACAAAGUCACCAAUUAUGCCAUUGAAUAGCCUUGGUUUCAUACGAAAACGCCUUCUGAAUAUACGGGCAUCGUAUGUUGGAUUUGGAUUGAAGUAAUCCUGCAUAAGACGGUCAUGACCUGAGACCCUUUCAUGAUCAAUGUAGGUGCGACUUGUUGAACGACGAUGUGAGGAUGAAGCGUCCUCAAGCCUCCGCCUGAUUAAAGCCAAAUGGUGAUAGUGAAAUAGAUUCAACUCUUCCAUCUCUUCUUCUCCUCCAAACGAUGAGUAAUCUGAGGAACUCAUGAUGUAUAUGUUUGUUUUAGAAAUGGGGAAAAGUUUAUUGAUAUGUUUGUUUUAGAAAUGGGAUGAAGUUUCAGACAAGUAUUGAAUUGAUGGCAAAUGGGGGAUUUGUAUUUAUGUCCGAACGGUCAUAUCCAAACUUGUCUUACCUAACGGUCAUAUCCGAACAUGUGCUACCUACCAAUGACAUGUUGGAAAUAAAAUUAAUUUAUUUCC